AUGAUCACAGUCGUGGUGCCACAUUUCCCCUCUAUGACACAACUAUCGUCACUAAGAUUGGCUAUGAAAUCACACGGCAAGACGGCACGUACUGCUUUCGACCAGGCCACUGCUAUACUUGCAAACAAUUUGAAAGUAAACAACACUCUCACUCAACUUGAUCUUAGCAGCAACCAAAUAUCCGAUAGAGGAGGUGAAGCGCUCGGAGAAGCGCUGAAAGUAAACAACACUCUCAAUCAGCUUUAUCUUGAAUUUAACAAAAUAUCCGAUAGAGGAGGUGAAGCGCUCGGAGAAGCACUGAAAGUAAACAAUAGUCUCACUCGACUUGACCUUAGCAGCAAUCAAAUAUCUGAUCUAGGAGGUGAAGCACUAGCAGAAGCACUGAAAGUAAACAAUACUCUCACUCUACUUAAUCUUAGGAGCAACCAAAUAUCCGACAGAGGAAGUGAAGCAUUAGCAGAAGCACUGAAAGUAAACAAUAGUCUCACUCGACUUGAUCUUAGGAGCAACCGAAUAUCCGAAAGAGGUGAAGCCCUAGCAGAAGCACUGAAAGUGAACAAUAGUCUCAUUCGACUUGAUCUUAGCAAGAACCGAAUAUCCGAAAGAGGAGGUGGAGCACUAGGAGAAGCACUGAAAGUAAACAAUAGUCUCAAUCAGCUUUAUCUUGGAUUUAACAAAAUAUCCGAUAGAGGAGGUGAAGCGCUCGGGGAAGCAGUGAAAGUAAACAAUAGCCUCACUCAACUUGACCUUAGCAGCAACCAAAUAUCUGAUAGAGGAGGUGAAGCAUUAGCAGAAGCACUGAAAGUAAACAAUAGUCUCACUCGACUUGAUCUUAGGAGCAACCGAAUAUCCGAAAGAGGAGGUGAAGCACUCGGAGAAGCGCUGAAAGUAAACAACACUCUCAAUCAGCUUUAUCUUGGAUUUAACAAAAUAUCCGGUAGAGGAGGUGAAGCGCUCGGAAAAGCAGUGAAAGUAAACAAUAGUCUCACUCGACUUGAUCUUAGGAGCAACCAAAUAUCUGAAAGAGGAGGUGAAGCCCUAGCAGAAGCACUGAAAGUAAACAAUAGUCUCACUAGACUUGAUCUUAGGAGCAACCGAAUAUCUGAAAGAGGAGGUGAAGCACUAGCAGAAGCACUGAAAGUAAACAAUAGUCUCACUCGACUUGAUCUUAGCAGCAAUCAAAUAUCUGAUCUAGGAGGUGAAGCACUAGCAGAAGCACUGAAAGUAAACAAUACUCUCACUCUACUUAAUCUUAGGAUCAACCAAAUAUCCGACAGAGGAGGUGAAGCACUAGCAGAAGCACUGAAAGUAAACAAUACUCUCACUCAACUUGAUCUUAGCAGCAACCAAAUAUCCGAUAGAGGGGGUGAAGCACUGGGAGAAGCGCUGAAAGCAAACAACACUCUCACUCACCUUUAUCUUCGAUUUAACAAAAUAUCCGACAGAGGAGGUGAAGCACUAGCAGAAGCACUGAAAGUAAACAAUACUCUCAUUCAACUUGAUCUUAGCAGUAACCGAUUAUCCAGAGAGUUAUCAUUGUUGCAAGAAGAUGGAAUAGUUAUUCUCUAG